GCUCAAGGGAAGGGAGGUAGAGAAGUAAGAAGAAGAAGAAAAAAAACAAAGGGGAAAGAGAAGGAAUUCUUGAAGCUCGCCGGCGGGACGUGUGUUUGCUCUCCGCCGCAAGGAGGUGGUCCGGCGACCAUCUCCCCCGCAGUCUCCGCCGCCGAGGAAGUACAGGUCCAUGGAAGAGGUUAUGAAGUACGCGGCGGCGGCUGUGCUGAUCGAGUCCAACGACAACCCCUCCAACGACGAGGAAGACUACAGCGACGUCGUGUGCGAGCAAUGCGGCUUCGGCGAACGCCCCGACGAGAUACUUCUCUGCGACCGCUGUGACAAGGGCUUCCACAUGCUUUGCCUCCGCCCAAUCGUUGUUCGCAUUCCCAUCGGCUCUUGGUACUGCCCUAGCUGCUCAGAUCAACCCUCAGUCAAACGCUUUCCUCAGACAAAGAUCAUUGAUUUUUUCAGGAUUCAGAAAUGUGGCGAUUCAGCUGGCAAGUGUGCAUCUCCUCAAGAUACUAGAAAACGUCGGAGACGUGCCAGUAUGUUGGUUUUUCACAAGAAAAGGAGGAGACUGUUACCAUUUACUCCGACAGAAGAUCCUGCCCGAAGGCUAGAACAAAUGGGUUCCCUUGCUUCUGCUUUAACAGCAUUGCAUAUGGAAUUUAGUGAUCGGCUCACUUACAUGCCUGGCAUGGCUCCUAGAUCUGCCAAUCAAGCCGAGUAUGAAAAUCAUGGCAUGCAGGUUCUCUCCAAAGAAGAUACUGAAACCUUGGAGCACUGUAGAGCUAUGUACAAAAGAGGCGAAUGCCCUCCCCUUCGUGUAGUUUUCGAUUCAUGUGAAGGUUUUACUGUAGAGGCUGAUGGGCCUAUAAAGGAUAUGACAUUAAUCACAGAUUAUACUGGUGAUGUGGAUUACAUUACAAAUCGGGAACAUGACGAUUGUGAUAGUAUGAUGACCCUUCUUCUAGCAAAGGACCCAUCUAACAGCCUUCUUAUCUGUCCUGAUAAACGUGGAAACAUUGCUCGCUUUAUUAAUGGCAUUAACAAUCAUACUCCGGAGGGUAGGAAGAAGCAGAAUCUUAAAUGCGUGAGGUACAGUGUAAAUGGUGAAUGUCAGGUCCUUUUGGUUGCUACUCGUGAUAUUGCCAAGGGGGAGAGGCUAUAUUAUGACUAUAAUGGAUAUGAGCAUGAAUACCCAACCCAUCAUUUUGUCUAAGAUCCACAUAGAUAUUCGUCUAACGGGUUUGCAUAAUUGUCAUGCAAUUCCAGAUUCUGAUAGAUCCUUCUGAUGUAUACACAUUUUUUUUCUUUUCCUUUUUUUCUUUUUUGUCGCAGCUUACACAUUUUUGUUGCAGAGUGUCCACAUUUUUCCCCAGUUUUCUAAUUGUAUCCUCAGCCCAUCAAUUGUAAUUUAUCAUGUAGUGCUGGCCAAGUAUGUGCUGUGAGAGAAAUAGUGCAGGCGAGGGAACUUUCUUUGGAAUUUAACAUAAGAAGGGUUUUAAAUAAUUACAAAUUUGAGUUACAUGGCAUUGUCUCUAUGUACUACAAUUUCAAUGAGAUGCAUUACUUUUAUCUAUGGUUUCCUUUAAGUAGGUCCAAAGAUUACUAUAAUGGACUAUUGGAGGGCUUUUCCUCCAACAUUUGUUUCUCUUU